CCUCGAGUGGCUAUUCUUGCCCUCGUGCGGCAGAGCGCUCAAUUGCCUCCUGUCGCAAGCCUAGGCUAGUCCUUGCGGCGUGCGGAUAGCAGAUGGAGAGAGCCCCAUAGCGCGUCAUGCCAGCUCCUCUCCCCUCUGCGCCGCUCCUCUGCCGCUCCGUCGGCGCAGCGCCACCGCCCAGCAGCGCAGCGCCCCGAGGCGGAGCUUGUGCGCCUCGGCCACCGAGUCCACAGGAGACGCAUUGCCUCCCGAGCACAGCAGCCGCUCUGCGGCGUGGACUUGCUGCGCCGCCAGGACAGGGUCAAGUGCAGCCCCGAGCCGCGCCCGGCCUCUCCUGUCGCUCGGCGCCGUCACACCGCCACUGCGCCGGAGCUUCGACGGCCGGAGCCCGAGCUACGGCGUUCCUGCCUGCGACACUGAUGCCGCGUGGUCUCGCCACUGCGCCGGCUCCGCAGGGGCGCACUCUCACCCUGAAGCCUACGCCGACGUCGAGCCGCACCGACGUCCGUGCGUGCAGCCUCGGACGAACAGCAGACUAGGAGCGAGACGCCCAUCGGGGGGCUUGGCCACAAGUGCGCUGCGCCGUCUCCACAGGGACCCAUGAUGGCGCCGCCGCUCCAGACUGGCUUGGCCCGCUCCUCUCAUUCUUGCGGCGUGAUGUGCGGUGGCAGUGGCAGAGAGAGCACAUGGAGGCUCCUCUCCGCGCCCGAAGCUGACGCCGCAGAGGAGCCUCGGUGCGGC